AUGGAGCAGCCAGUAGCAGAAGAUGGAUGGCAGCUGGUGGCGGGCGACGACGACGUGCCGGAGCGCAACCCCCGGCUGCGAGAGAGGCAUCUGGUUUGGCAGCAGAUGGUGGCCGCGAGAAGCACUCGCAGCUUCCAAGAUGCGGAGUUCCCUGCAGGCCCCCGGGCAGUCGAUGGCCGCCGCGAAGACCGCGUUGGCACCGAUGUCUUCCGGGCCACCUUGUCGGAAGUCAGCCACAGGGCCGGGGUGCCAGAGGAGGGUGUGCUGUGCCGGUGUGGGCAACCAGCGCAACUGCGCCGAGUGCAGAGGAAAGGUCCCACGUUCGGGAGGCCCUACUAUGCCUGCCCUCUCCGUUCCUGCCGCUUCUUUGAGUUUGCAGACCAGGCGUCGACCGUAGCAGCCUUGGAAUUGCAGUGGAAGCGCUUCCCUGCUUUUGGCGACUGGUGUGUGGUACGCGACGAGGGCUUCCGACCUGCUGAUGUCCAGCAAGGAGGCGUUGGCGACUGUUGGUUCAUGAGCGCACUCGCAGUUGUGGCAGAGCGCCACGACUUGAUGAGCAAGCUGCUUCCGAACCUCAACAUUGGGGCGGAGAGCGGGUGCCACGAGGUUCGCCUCUUCAUGGAUGGCCGUUGGACCUCCCUGUUAGUGGACGACCACCUACCCACCACCACGAAGCAGCGGCGCCCCACCGCGGACGGCAGCGGCCUCGCCUUCGGCCGCUGCGCGCGGCGGCAGCUCUGGGUGUCCCUGAUCGAGAAGGCCUACGCCAAGGCCCACGGGGCCUACCGAUUCAUCAGCGGCGGUGAGACUUCCGAGGCGCUCCUGGAGCUGACCGGGGCGCCCACCGAGGUGGUGCAGUUCCGGGACCCGGCAUUCGACCCGGAGCUCUUCUGGGCUCGGAUGGUUUCGCUCCUCCAGGCCGGCUGCCCCAUCGGCUGCGGCACCGGUGCAGAGACCCUGGAAGAGCUUGGGCUGGUAGGCCAGCACGCCUACUCCGUGCUGGAGACGGAUGAGGCCUUGCAAGCGGCUUCUCAGGCCGGCGGUUACGGAUUCGCCCUCCUCGAGCGUCGGGUGAAGGUGCGUAACCCCUGGGGCGAGUGGACGCGCCGCGAGCAGGAUGAGCUGCUGGCGCAGCUAGGCGCUGCAGUCGUCCCAGAUGAGGGCAGCUUUUGGAUGAACUACGGGGACUUCAUUCGAGGCUUUGCCGUCGCCGACAUCUGCUAUGCCAGAGAUGGCUGGCAUGCCCGCAGCUUCGACGCCGAGUUCGGAGGGUCAGUCGGCUGCCGCAGUGCGCUGCAGCUUCGGGGCAGCGGGGAGUGUUGGGUCAUGGCGAUCCAGCCCACGGAACGGGGAAAGCAGGUAAAGAAACCGCCCGGCUACUACCUGAACGACCUCUCCUUGCUGAUCUUCCAAGAGACCCAGCGGGAGCCAAAGUUGGUGACAGCCGCGAUUGGGGGGGCUCGUCGUGAUGUGGUGAGCUCUGUGGUGCUGGAGGCAGGCAAGACCUACACAGUGGUUCCUCUGAGUUUCCGUGGAAGCUCCAGUCGCGGAUCUUUCGUCUUGCGGCUCUACAGCGCUUCGCCGGUGCAAGUUCGUGAAGAGCCGCCCUCGCCCGAGCGCACCUGGGCGGCUUUCCACCGGCUGCUUUUGUCCCCGGAGCCCCCACCCCGAACCCUCCGCCGGGCCCAGGAUUUCGGGGUGGGUCGCCUCGUGGUUUUGGAGGGACCGGCCAUGGCUGUUGGCCUCUUCGUGAACUUCGGGCCCGUGGGGUUCCUGGCGGACCUGAAGGCCUUCGGGAACCACGCGGCCCUGCGGACGUUGCAGGGGAUUCAGGAGGGCACCAGGGACGAGCAUCGGAACCAGCAAGAUGCCAAGAGACAGGCCUCAUCCUCAGAGAAGAGGAAGGCGAAGGCGGAUUGGCGGCAACAUCACCUCCAAGUCCACGUGCCCGGUUUCGCACAGCUCCUGGCCUUUGUGGCCGUGGCCUUGCUGGAGAAGGACUGGGAGUUUUCCCUGGAAUCCCUGGAUGCAGAGCAGCUGCUCGAUGACUCCCUGGAGAAGCCGCCUCCGUCGACCCAUCCCUUCGCACCCGUUGUGCUAGAAAAGCGCCUCGGGGCCGCCGAUGGAUCCGAUGGCCUCCAGGAGCUCGAGGACUUGGAGCUGCAGGCGGCCCUGCGCGAGAGCGCUCUGCUGGCCGCGGCGCAGUCCCAGUCGGGCCAGGAGCCCGGUCCGAACGACAGCGACUCAGACCCCGAGCUGCAGUUGGCCCUGAGCAUGUCGCUUGCGGACGGCCAGGCCGUGACCGAGGCACCAAAGCCGGAGAAGGCUCCUGCUGGGGGCAGCUGCCCUGCACACGUGCCUGCGGAGGACCCACCCCGACGUACGGGACGCUGGAUGCGACGAAGCAGGCAAACAUAG